AUGGCACCCAAUGCACCACAGCUGCCAUCGCGGUUCCCGUGUUGGUGUCGGGCUGUAUAUUCCUGGGGAGGAGAGACAACUCGAGACCUGGGAUUUGUAGAAGGCGAUCUGAUCGAAUGUCUGAAUGCCGGAGACGGACAAUGGUGGAUGGGACGGUUGCGCCGUGAUAGACGUGCAGUUGGACUCUUUCCGUCCAAUUUCGUCGAACUCAUGAGCGAAGACUUUGUCCCCGUCAGUCGAGAUACCAGUCCCAUGGUUUUAGCAGGCUCGUCUCCCAUCAAUAAUCCCACAUCGGCUCCAAAGAAAACGAAGACCGUCUUUCGAAAACCCUUUCAGGCGCACAAGGAAGCCUUGUCCCCGUCAUCCAAUCUCGCAAGGAGCGAGUCAAACACGCCGGUCAAGAGCUCAAUCCCGCAAACUCCGCCCCGAGAUGGAAGUGUCCCGCGCAGCGUCAAGCCUUUGCGUACACAUGCCACCGCAGUCAAGAACCAAGGGUCCAUUUCUCGUCCCUCAUCGGUCUCCUCGCGCCCAUCAUCUCGUGGGGUUUCCCCAGUGGUUUCUCCUCGCGCAUCAGUAGAACCGGAAAGAUCACCAUCCGCCAUGAUGCCCCGAAAUAGCGUCUCAUCGUCACGUCCAUCAUCUCGUGAAGUAUCCCCCAUGGCCCUGCCAGCGACAGAACGUGAAGACUCGCCUCCACCCCCUCCCCCUCCUCCACAUCGUGUUGUGGUUCAACGGCCUCUAUCGCACUCCCCUCAGCCGUCUCAUUCGCCCCAACCACCUGUUCAUUACCAGCCCCCGCGCUCUCCGCAGCCACCUGUGCACUAUCAACAACCUCCUUCCCCGCAGCCGUCCGUGCACUACCAACCGUCGCACUCCCCGCAGCCUCCGAUGCACUAUCAACCACCCCCUUCUCCGCAACCGCCUAUGCACCAUGGGCCGCCUCGAUCACCACGACCUCCUAUGCACCACCAACAGCGACGUACGCACUCUCCGCAGCCACCGCCAUCUAGAUCUCCUCGGCCUUCAAGAUCACCCACGCCUUUGAAUAUGAAUGAUCGCUACGUGAUAUUCACGCGCACUCCAUCACCAGGCGCGCUCUCAACACACUCAGCCCAUUCAGCUGUGUCGACGCAAUCAGAUGCAAAUGGCAAUACCCCCUCGCCACUGAGAGAUGCUAUGGAGGAUGUCAUGACUUCGCUGGAAGAUAUGGGUCUACCUCGGCAGGCUCCUUUACCUUCCCCACGUCAAGCACCCUCCCCAUCUCCGCCUCCGACAUUCAAUAAUCCUUGGUCAGCUGAUCAAUUUAACGAAAUUGAUGAGCGUACUCCGCCUGCAACUAGACGGCGGCCUCUAACUUCUCUCGGCUUUGACGGGCACCAGGCUCAUCCUCAGGCAGUGCCAGUUCACCGCAACAGUGUCUACUCGCAUGAUCACUACAUGGAUGGGCCUCCCCAACUCAACAAUUACGUGCAAAGAAUGGAAAGCCGUCUCCGCCAGCUCGAAGAUCAGAACCGCCUAUCGGAGGAUGAUGGCCAGCCCCCUGUCGACGAUGAUGAUGCACCACCUCCUCCCCCCAAACACGCCACUUAUCACCCGCGUCAUAACUCCAUUCCGUCUCAGUACUCGCACUUGCGCAGCCGUCGGUCUGGCCAGGAUCUGCGGGGAGAUGUCCUGAACCGAACGUUCACGAACAAGUCUAAUGCUACCAGCUCGAGUGGUGUUCAAAGCAUUGGUACCAAUGUGACUGCAAGCACAGACAAAACAAGUCAAAGCUUGAUGAGCGGUGCGUCUGCAAGUGGCUUCAGCGCGACCAGUGCCGGCAGUUAUGCACGCCGGAAUGGUGCUCAGGAGCGCCCGAAUACUGCCAUGGACACAUUCCGAUCCCGAGGCUUCAGCGAUGCGGGUAAUCUGGAUCGACCCGAGACUCCUAUGACUGGCGUUUCCUAUCACUCAAGUCACAACACCUCUCGUCAAGGAGCGUCCUCUGCUAUCCCUUGGUCCUCUGCGGACAAUGACAACGGCGAUUCUGGUGGUGUGUUUGGUGGAUUAUCUACCCCAAAGUCCAAGAAACAAGGAUUCUUCAAGAAGAUUUUUGAAUCAGCUAAGACAGGUGCUGCGAGUGCAAGGAGCAGUAUUUCCGUCGGACAUGGAGGAAGCUCGCAAUCUCCCACCAAGGGAAACAGGGCUGCAGACGUUGUGUCCCCAAUGCUCACCCCCCAUUCGGGCCGUGAAAGUGCUCGGGAUAUGGGUCUGGGCACCAGUCCUAUUGACUGGGUACAGGUUCGCCGAGAUGUGAAUCGAGCAUCCUCUCCGAGCAGAAAUGAAAGAAUUGAACGAGCCGAGCGGUGCCAGAUGAUGGACUUCCCAGUGGUAUAUGCGAUUGAGGAACUCUACGACACUGCAGAGGGUGACGAAAGCAUCGACGGACUCCCGAUCAGUGAGCCGACGAAUUUCAACGCGGCGAAUAUGAACCUCGUGGACAAGAGCGCUCGGUUUAUCAGCAGCCUCCCGCCGAUGACCAACCCCAUGAGUCUCGCCCAGGGCUACAUCUGUCGGCCAUACAAGAGUGAUGUCCAACGUCUUCGCGCUAUAUUCACGUGGGUCAGCGAAAAGAUCGCCUGGGAAGAGCCCGUAGAUGGCCUCGAGGUGGACAUCAAACGAGUCUUGCAUGCCAAACGUGGCAGCCCUGAGGAAAUUGCGUUGCUGGUGCACGAGAUGUGCGGUGCUGUUGGUCUGCAUUCCGAAAUCAUCCACGGCUUUCUGAAGAACCCAGGUGAUUCGCUCGACCUCGACAGUCUCUCACGACCAAACCACUGGUGGAAUGCUGUUCUCGUUGACGGAGAGUGGCGUAUCAUGGACUGUGCCCUCGCAAACCCAACCAACCCUCAGCGAAGCCGUUUCGUCACGACCAACUCUUCCAUUGCCGAGAGCUGGUAUUUCCUCGUCCGGCCACUGGAGAUAUGCUACACCCAUGUCCCUCUCUACCCCGAGGAACAACACAUCGUUCCUCCUAUUUCUCCGGAUGUCUUGCUGGCAUUACCAACUGUGUCGCCGCAGUUUUUCAAAUUGAGGUCCCAAUUCCCUGAUUACGACACAAGUAUGACGCGGAUAGAGGGACUGGAAUGUAUGCAUAUUUGCUUAGUUGUUCCUCCUGAUGUUGAAUGUGCCGCAGAAGUCGAAGCGCCUGCCUUCGCCUGUGACGCAGAUGGCGAUUUCUUUGAAAGCGGAGACAUUGUGCGCAAACGUGCUUUGGUUCAGCCCGACUGGUUCCGAGGACAGAAGCGAAUCACCGUGAAGGCUGUGCUGCCUGGCGAUGAGGGCCAGGGUGUCUUGAAGAUAUAUGCUGGCAAGAAGGGCUUGAUGCACUCGAGCAAGGAUAUCCCCCAUCCCUUGGCACUCACUCUGCCUAUUAUCCAUACUGGCGAAAACACGCCAUAUGAAUUCGUCCUCCGCCAUCCCACACCUCAUGCCCAGCGCCAUGAUCUGUACAUCAUGCAGCCACAGUGCUCGCGCCUGGCGGUCAACAACACCUUUGUCUUCGCCGUUCGACAACAUCCUGCUUCGCCGGCCACCGCUCCUAAGGAAGAUUAUAUGUCCAAUGGCCGAGCUUCUCCGUCAGUUUUCAACCGUCCCUCCAGUGCCCUCAGUAUGGUGUCAAGUACAGCUGGAGCUUCGACGAUCUCUAGCAACUCCAAUGAAUUCUCUGCCUCGACCUCAGCAAUUUCAUCCACGAAAUCCGCCCAUGGAAGAGAAAAGCCUGCGAAGUUGGCCAUUCAAUCACCAUCUGGCAAAAUUCUUCGCCUUACCCGAAAGGCCGAGCACAUGAUCGGUAACGAUCACACUAGCAACACUGUCACCGAUGCUGUCGCCGAUGGCAGUGUCUGGGAAACAGUGAUCAAGAUUGGCGAACGCGGCACCUGGCGUGGCUUGGUCCUCGCAGACCGAGUUGCUCGCUGGUGCGUGUUCUGCGAAUGGGAGUGUGCGUGA